AUGCCGCCUAAAAAGAGCAACACGGCCAAGAAGUCUUGUGGAGGUUCUGCCCGGAAACUUUUGGCACCUGCCGGCUCUCCUCCGGUGCCCGCAGGAUCAAAAUCGUCCACGCCAUCCUUAGAGCCAGAGGACGCUAGGAUUCCGGAAGAACACAGUAUAUGGUGUUUGAUCUGUCUCGAUGGCGCGGAAGGUGACGUUGUACUCUUUGAAUGCAACGCCUGCCCCCGCGUCAUGUGCAGCAAAUGCAUUGAGGUGCCCAAGGCGCACGUCGAUGCCGUCCAACAUCCGGACGUUAAAUUUUUAUGUCUUUCUUGUCACUCAUUGCGGACGGUUAAGGAGCCCGCGCCAUAUUUUGGCUUCUACCAUAACGUUUUGCCAGAGGAAGGAGGAACGCCUCUACUCCCAGGCUUCCUACAGCUCAACGGCAAGUAUGAGCUGGCGUCCAACUCCAUCUUGGCAGCCACACCCCUCGCCAUCGUCCAUUUUUCCCUUGGCGGCAAGGACGCAAUCUCCACACCCGUUCCACUCCUCUCGCAUUACCUCGACAAGUACUACCCCAGCGGUGGGUUUCUGUACGUCGAGAUCUCGUUCGACAUCGUUUCGUAUACGAAGAUCGACAAGUACACCCGCGACCAGGUCGAAACGGUUGCUAAGCUCGUCCGUCACCUUGGCUCAACUGGUCGGGUCUUUGCGUUUCUCUCCAACCAUUCGGAAGAAGACAGCGGUUGGCUCUUUGCAGGGAAGGAGGGUCAAGGUGAUGGAGAGUAUGUUGCGAUGCAAGUUCAGCAUGUUCUCUCUACAGUGUUGAAGCCCUACGCCAGGAUCCUCAAGUCCGCACACUUCGUCUUCCUGGUCUGCGGUUCUGUGGUGGCACACGAGACGCCCUACACUCAGCUCAAGGAGUCCGUUCUUCAAUUCAACUUCGCAUCUGCAAUUAUCUUUCCCGCAGCUCGCUUUCAACCCCUUGUCACCACUAAUUUCUUGGUCGCCAUGGCGGAACUUGUUGCGAUUGAGCAACUCAACAUCCGCACCGUAUUUCCGACCCUCCUUAGUAUGUCAGGCGGUCUCGGUCAACACACCAGCGUCAUCCUGAUGACUCCUGUCAACAUUGAUGGUUGCUGCAAGCUGGAACUCACUACAUUCGCGCGCGCUCACACUCAGACUUCGCCUUGGGGCAUUCCUAUUCCUGCGCAAUGCCCCCAAUGUGGCUCUACCAAGAGCUGGGCUGAGAGGGUUGCUGUGACAGUUUCUGAUGAGAAUCACGACGCGCACGCCUCACACCAAGUCUCUGUUUGCCAGUACAUCUACACAUGCAAGUACACCAACUGUGGUAGCACGCAAAAGUUGCCAUGCUACAAGUUUUCUGUCACCAAGCCUCCUGGGUCCAUCAUCAACAGCGCCAGGACCAAGAACUGCGCUUGGUUCAAGUCGCCUUCUACUCAUUUUGUAUCUCAGUCUUUACCUGACUCUACCCAAGGCAAGCGCAAGAAUGAGACAGCGCCUCCUGGGACUGCAAAGAAGGCGCGCAGGUGA